AUGCGGUUGAUCCGGGGGCCCCGCGGGGCCUGGCGGCUGCUGCCCCGACGCUCGCUGGUGGCCGUGCUCUUCCUCUUCUCGCUCUCCUCCUCCUUCCUCUACUUCGUCUAUGUGGCGCCCGGCAUCGUGAACACCUACCUCUUCAUGAUGCAAGCCCAAGGCAUCAUGAUUCGUGAGAAUAUGAGAACAAUAGGAGCUCAGGUUUAUGAGCAGGUGGUCCGCAGUGCCUAUGCCAAGAGGAACAGCAGCAUGAAUGACUCAGAUUAUCCUCUUGAUUUGAACCACAGUGAAACCUUUCUGCAAACCACAACUUUUCUUCCUGAAGAUUUUACCUACUUUCCAAACCAUACCUGUCCCGAGAGACUCCCUUCUAUGAAGGGCCCAAUUGAUGUAAAUAUGAGUGAAAUCAGAAUGGAGGAUAUCCAUCAAUUAUUCUCUAAAGACCCGGGCAUCAAGCUAGGAGGCCAUUGGAAACCUGAUGACUGCCUGCCUCGCUGGAAGGUGGCAAUCUUGAUACCAUUCCGCAAUCGUUAUGAGCAUCUUCCAGUUCUCUUUAGGCACCUUAUUCCAAUGCUGCAGCGCCAACGUUUACAGUUCGCGUUUUAUGUCAUUGAGCAAGCUGGUAACCAACCAUUUAACCGUGCCAUGCUCUUCAAUAUUGGCUUUCGGGAAGCAAUGAAGGACUUGGACUGGGAUUGUCUGAUCUUUCAUGAUGUGGACCAUAUACCAGAAAAUGACCGUAACUAUUAUGGAUGUGGACAGAUGCCAAGACACUUUGCAGCCAAGCUGGAUAAAUAUAUGUAUCUGCUCCCUUAUAAUGAGUUCUUUGGUGGAGUGAGUGGCUUAACAGUGGAACAGUUUCGGAAAAUCAAUGGCUUUCCUAAUGCGUUCUGGGGCUGGGGCGGAGAGGAUGACGAUCUUUGGAACAGGGUGCAGUAUGCAGGCUACUCAGUAACCCGACCAAGAGGAGUCACAGGGAAAUACAAGUCAAUUCCGCACCAUCAUCGAGGCGAAGUGCAGUUCCUGGGAAGGUAUGCGUUGCUGAGGAAGUCAAAAGAGAGGCAAGUCCUGGACGGUCUCAGUAACUUGAACUACUUUCCAAACAUUACAUAUGACGCCUUGUAUAAAAACAUAACUGUUAACCUGACACCAGAGCUGGCUCUGGUAAACGAAUACUGA